AUGAAUCGCAAGCAGCGGCGGGCCAAGGAGACAGCAGGCAAAACGACCACAAGCGCGGAUGACAUCCCGCUCGCACAACCCGACAGGGCCACCACACCGACUGUGGGAGGACACGGCCGAGAGGGAAAGACGAAGACGCUGCUCGAAAUCGCCGCCGAGCGACAAGCUCAACUAGGGGCUGGCGCGAAGGGCAUUGACGCCCGCUCGAUCAAGCCGGAGAACAUGGUGCUGGUGAAGAUCGGGAAGGGCGGAGAAAUCAUCCCGGAGGAGCCGGGCUCGUCGGGGGCCCUGUGGUCGCCAUCAUCAACACAACAGGAGCCCGAAUAUCCCUGGCUCGACACGUUGCUCCUCUCAUCGUCACUCAGCGCCGUCCACUUCACCCUCUCGGUGCUCGCCAUGCACCAGUACGCCGAACAGGUCCGGCUCCGGCCGUUGAUCAUGCAGACCGCCUUUGUCGCGUUCCCCACGCUCGCCGUCUUCAUCGCCCUCUUUCGCGGGCACCUUCUCCCUGCAUCGGUCGCGAAUGUCCCUACCUCUGUGAAGAACGGGAUUGUCCUUCUCCGCUCAGUGGUCUAUUUGGCCACGGCGAACGUGGCGGGAUGCUACUUGAUCCAAUUGACGAACGAUAAGGGAUACUACGCGGUCAUGAAGGACGCGCCAGGAGUAGGCACCAUCUGGGUCUGGGCGGUUCUGGAAAUGGGACUGUUGGGUGCACUGGCUGGAGUGGUUGGGCCAGGGAUUUAUGCUUGGUGGUUUGGGUAUGGGAUUUGGUGA